AUGAAAGCUCCCGGUACUGGCCCUAUCCCGGACUACCUCGAUGAUAGCUACGAAACGCUCGCCGACAAGGCGCAAGACAUCCUGCGCAACGACCCAGCAAUAGCUCCGCACUAUUUCGAGCAAGGCUUCACCUUUAUAUCCAAUGGACAAGCUGGCGAUUUUGACAAGCUCACUACCGACAUGUUGAACAACAUCAAGAGCAAGCACUCCGAGGACAAAUAUAUCGAGUUAAACAAUCCUGAGGAGGUUUUCCAAUCGCUGCAUGGCAAGGGGGCAAAGCUCGUGCCAGAGUCGAUGUUAGGGCAUGAACGACAAUGGGUUCAGGGCUACAUAAGCAGACGGUGUGCUACAGUGAAUGCCGAAGCUAUCAUCAAAAUCUACUACGAUCGGUGCCGCGCUAGGCAGAACAUUGAGUUCAUCCUAGGCACACCCGUCGAUGUUCUCAUAUACGGAAAACACCAGGAUGAAGUACUGGGUGUGACUUUGGAGGACGGCCGGGAGAUCUUUGCUGAAAAGACUAUAAUCUGCACUGGCGCCUGGUCGAAGGACGAGAAGUACAGACACGUUUCUUGCCACACCAAUCUCGUCACGGGCUUAAAAAUUUUCCAACCCCUAAACGGCUGGCUCAAGAUCCUCCGACGCGGAGCCGGCCUCCAAAACACCACUGCCCUAAAGGACCCAGAGGACCCCAAGAAGACGUAUAAGGCAUCGUAUCCCCACACUGUUGUGGACGAUCCUGACCCGUGGAUUCCACUAACUUUUGAAGCCUCGCUGCGUGAGGAGUUGAGAGAGAUCUUCCCAGCGAUGGCCAACCGUCGCUUCGACAUGGCGCGUUUCUGUUGGCUGGAACAGACAACGACCGGCGACUUCUUGAUCUCCCCUCACCCUAAGUUCAAGAACUUGCAGAUGGCCAUCGGCGGAUCUUUCCACGGCUGGAAGUUCCUCCCCCUCCUCGUGGAAUUCGUGAUCGACUCCAUCAACAUGGACCUAGCGCCCUAA